AUGGUAAGUUUGCCAUCCUUCUUCACAAAACAGACUGAUGAUCAAGCUGUUAUCACUGCUGAAUGCCUCUUUGCCAACUUCAUCUGUGAACACAACCUGUCCUUCAACACCGCUGACCACUUCACAAAGCUAUGUAAGCAGAUGUUUCCAGACAGUAAAAUUGCACAGAAGUUUCAUUGUGGAAGGACCAAGACAACACAGAUCAUCAAGAGGUCACUUGCCCCGGUCUUGAAAGAAGAGGUUGUAGAGCACUGCCAGAGCCAUCCAUUUUCACUGAGCUGUGAUGAAAGCAAUGACCACAACGGUGAGAAGAGUUUAGCCAUUCUUGUGCGAUACUUCGACAAACUUGCCACAACAAAGUUUCUUGCCCUGCCGAUAUGUAACAUUGGAACUGGACAGAACAUCUUUCAUCACCUCAAUCAGGUCCUGACGGAUUACGACAUACCAUGGAGAAACUGCAUCAGCUUCAUGUCAGACAACUGCAGUGUGAUGACAGGACGUCAUAACUCCGUCAUCAGUCGCAUUCGGGAGGUGCAACCAGAUAUAUUUGACUUGGGGUGUGUGUGCCAUUUGGCCAAUUUGUGUACUGUGGCAGCUGUUAAAACCAUACCAUUGCCUGUUGAGGACCUUCUGAUCGACAUCUUCUACCACUUUCAUCAUAGUGCCAAGCGCACAGAAGAAUAUAAGGAAUUCCUGGACUUCCUUAAUAUUGAGCCAGCCAAGAUCCUCAAGCACUGUUCAACCAGAUGGCUUAGUCUUCAGAGAGCAGUUGAGCGAACUCUCCAUCAUUGGCCAGCCCUGAAGUCGUACUUCUUAUCUCACGAAGAUGUGGAGAAGCCUGGACGUGUCAAGAGAUGUGCUGACCUGUUGUCUAACUCUGAGAUGUUGCUCUACUUCCAUUUCCUGCAAUUUAUUCUCCCCUUCCUUGUGGAAUUCAACACCAUGUUCCAGGCAGAUGACACUCGUCUUCCAUACCUGGGAAAGGAGAUGCAACAACUCUUGAGGAAGCUGCUUGGAAAGUUUGUCUUGGCGAAGACGAUAAGGGAAGCAGAGGAUGUGACAGCCGUACCUUACAGAGACACCACUGUUCAUCUGAAAGAUCCAUACCUAGCUGUUGGACUUUGCACUCGGGCUUACCUAAGUGAGCAUGAUGAAGACACUCAAGGAGUCACAGCAAGGUUCUUCAGCAGUGUGAGGAGAUUUUACAUAGCAGCUGUGGACAAGAUGGUGAAGAAAUUCCCAUUUCAUGACCCAGUCAUCAACAAACUUCAGUUUCUUGUGCCUUCCUCACGGGAUCAUGUAAAUCCAGCAGAUGUUGUGGAGAUAGGGAAGAGAUUUCCUUCUGUCAUUCAGGAUGGUCAACUUGGCACCCUUGAGGAGGAAUAUAGAGAAUUUCAGUUAUGCCCGGAUGCUGACUUGCCAAAGUGGGAGGAUGGGAAAACACCUGUAGACAGUUUCUGGGGAGGGAUUGCCAGCUGUAAGACUGCAGUAACCAGGUCCAUGCGAUUCCCCAUUUUAUACAAACUGGCCACAUCAUUGUGUACCCUGCCGAACAGCAACGCUGACUGUGAACGAGUGUUUUCAGUGCUACGGAAGGUACAAACGGACCAAAGAUCACUUUUAGACCGGUCAACUUUGUCAGCUUUACUGACCUGCAAGCUGAACAGGGAUGAGGACUGCUACAAUUAUAAGCCAUCGACAACGACUUUAGCGACCGCGAAGUCUGCAUGUGUUAGCUACAAUAAGGAACUGUCAUGUUCCCCCUCUAUCUUCAGAGAUUAG